AGUAUGAGGAGUUGUGGUUAUAAUAUGAGGUUCUCAUUGUUGGCGACGUGGCAAAGUAACGUUCGGGAGAAGAGAAGUUGCAAUGGCAGUGUGCGGCAGCGUCAUCGUGAGAUGCUGCAUUCCUCCUUCCCCAUUUCUCCGCCGCAGAUUCGACUUGUCGGAGAAGGAGAAGAAGCCAUCCUCAUCCUCAUGCACCGUUGCCACUAGUAGAAUCACUGCACUCUUUUGGGGAUUUGGCAGAAAAACCAACUCCACGCAAAUCCAACAACAACAACAACAACAACAACAACAACUACUAUUCACUCUCACAGCGCCAGAGCCAGAAGGCACUAACAAUAACAAAGUGAUAAGUGUAUCGGUUCUGUCUUCAAUCUCAGAGGUUGCAGCCGCUGAAUGGGACGCGUGCGCGGUGGAUGCCACUGCCCCCGGCAAGUUCAAUCCCUUUGUGACCCACGCCUUCCUCUCCACCUUGGAGACCUCCGGCUCCGCCGUCGCCCAAACCGGUUGGACCCCGCACCACGUGGUGGCCCGGGACGAGUCGUCCUCCUCCCGCCCCGUGGUGGCCGCCGUUCCCCUCUACCUGAAAAGCCACUCGUACGGCGAGUUCGUGUUCGAUCACUCCUGGGCCAAUGCAUACUAUUCGUACGGAUCCAGGUAUUACCCGAAGCUGCAAUGCUGUGUCCCCUUCAGUCCCGUGACGGGGCCAAGAAUCUUGCUCCGCGAUACUCCCUUCAAGAGUGAAACCUUUGAUAUCCUCCUCUCUGCCAUGAAGGAUAUCACUGCCAAGUCUCAGAUUUCGUCCUUGCAUGUUACUUUCCCCACUGAGAGUGAGUGCCUUCAACUCAGCCAAAAAGGGUUCUUGCCCAGGAUUGGAAUGCAGUACCACUGGAAAAACCGCAACUACAAAAAGUUUGAUGACUUUUUGAUGGACAUGAAGCAAAGUAAAAGGAAAAAUAUACGCCAAGAGCGCAAAAAGAUCUCAGCCCAGAACUUGAUUAUGAAAAGGCUCCGGGGUUAUGAAAUAAAGGCAACACAUUGGGAUUCUUUCUAUAAUUUCUAUCGGAACACAACUGAUAACAAAUGGGGUACUCCAUACCUGACACGUGAUUUUUUUCAUGAGCUGGGGUCAAAAAUGGGAGAUCAGGUACUACUUGUUGUUGCUGAAGAAGGGGAUGAACUAGUUGCUGGUGCCCUAAAUCUUAUAGGAGGUGAUACUUUGUUUGGACGCCUAUGGGGAUGUCACCCACAAGCUUACUAUCCAAGUUUGCAUUUUGAAGCAUGUUAUUACCAGGCAAUCGAAGCAGCUAUUGAACUCGAUCUUAAAACGGUGGAAGCUGGAGCUCAGGGUGAGCAUAAGAUUCAGCGAGGGUAUCUUCCUGUGACAACUUAUAGCUGCCAUUACCUUCUUGAUGAAGAAUUUAGGAGAGCUAUAGAAGACUUCUUAAUACGUGAAACUUCUCAGGUGAAGCUUGUUAUGAAGCUGCUGCAUGAUUCUGGUCCUUUUAAGGAAGGUAUCUAAUAGAAAGUAAACACUACGGCAUGGUGGUAAUUUUCAUUUGUAAAUAUGUAAAUGGUCAUUGUUAUCUUGUAAAUAUUAUAUCUUGCCAGGAAUAUUAUAUAUGUACAGCUGAAUUGAUGAUCAUUAAUUAACAAAAUACACACAUUAGAAAACCUUCGAAAUUUUUC